AUGGCCACCACACUAUUUUACUGCCAGCGACAGGGUCCAUGUACCCAUGUCUACAAUAAUUCCAAAUCCCUCACAAUUCAUCGAAACACCUGCAAAGAUUCUAAUGAGAAGGAUGAUGGAAUGGAUGUUGCCCUGGCUGCAUAUAGAGCCCGCAAAGCUGCAGCUCGGAUAUCUGUAGCAGAACGGGCAACUACUAUAGCUGAAGUUCCUAAUAUUCGCUUGCAAACUCCUGAACCAGUACCACAUGAACCACUUUUUGUCAAUCCCCCGCCAGAGAUACCACCACAGGAGCCUUCUCCCCUCCCUGAGCAGCCUGCUAGCCGUGGAGCUCAAGCCAAACAACCCACAUGGAAAAUCUUGCAACAACUUCCAGAAGCACCAGUGCCACUGCCGGACAAGCCCAUGGACGAGCUGCCUCAGGCACCACAAGCGAGCAUAAUUGCCGAAAAUAUUAUCCAAUGGCCUAUUCACACAUCCCCCAACAAUUUUGGUCCAUUUCGCGAAUAUCCUUCCCUCCCCAGCCACAAUCCCGAUACCAACCUUGCACUCGGCGACAUAUCUGAUAUUCCUUCCCCCAAGCCACCAAAUCAAAUCAUGACUGGGGAAACCCAAUUGUCCCCGCUGGCUGCUCCGCUGGAAGCCCUGCAAGCUGUCACUGCCAUAAACGACAUAUUGUAUGGACUGUUCGAAAACUUCAUAACAUGGGGCUUCAUGAACUGGAUAUGGACCGGCUCUGCAAAGAAGAGCAUUAGCAAGGGAAUGAAAUUAUUGGAGUAUCUCAAGUCGCUGUUAUUCAAGUUAGCAGACUUGAUCGCUUUUGACUUGAAAGCAGAAACCUAUUGA